AUGAACGUGGCCCGUGCAUUCAACCUUGCUUGCGUCUGUGAUGGAAAAAUAUAUGUAACAGGAGGCUGCAAAGAUCUUGAUUCAACCAACUGGAUGGAGGUUUUUGAUACCAAGACACAAACCUGGGAGUUUUUGCUGAUACCUAACGAGGAGAUCAUAUGUAGAGACUCCAAAUACAAAAGUGUAACCUAUGAGGGAGAUGUCUAUGUGAAAUCCAAGGAAAAAGAUGUGACUUACAAGCUGCCCAAAAGUGUCAGAUGGAGAUCAGCAGAUUUAAUGAUGAAUAUGGGAUCGUGUAGGUUAUCAACUCUUUGUGUGGUAGAGAACGUGUUAUACCGUUGUAAUGGGAAGAUAUAUUGGUAUAACUUCAACGAUAGAUUAUGGAGAGAUUUGAAAGGUUUAGAUGUAGUACUAUAUUCUAGGUUAUGUAUUGAUGAUCAUGUUAAGAUGAUGGGUUUUAGUGGAAAUAUGGCGAUUUUAUGGAACGAGUAUGAUAAGUUUUGCAUGAAAAAGAUUUGGUUUGCGGAUAUUGAGAUUGAGAAAGACUUAUUUGGGGAGCUUUGGGGGAGGCUCAAGUCUUUUGACGUUGUGUCUACAACCAGUGAACGAUAUAGCUUAGCGUAUGCUCUUGCUACUACAGUUUGA